AUGAGGUCUACAUGGAUCAUGUUCUUUGUAUUGUGUUCAUUCACUGCAAUGUUUGUCGACGCUAGGAUAAAAGUGUCGAUUUCUGAACCGGAGUUUGAUCACAAAAUGUGGCCUCAUGCUAGAAGGAAUCUCAUCGAUAACUCGAUGUCAAUCACUCCUCAAAUGGGUUUUAAUACAUGGAAUCGAUUUCAAUGUAAUGUGAAUGAGACACUUAUCAAAGAAACAGCCGAUGCAUUAGUGUCCUCAGGACUUUCAAAACUCGGCUAUAAAUAUGUCAACAUCGAUGAUUGUUGGGCUGAACAAAGAAGAGAUCAAGAGGGUUACUUGGUUCCUAAAGGUAUAAAAUUUCCUUCUGGAAUGAAAUCAUUGGCCGACUAUAUACACAGUAAAGGAUUGAAGUUGGGAAUAUACUCUAGUGCUGGAACUUUUACAUGUAGCAAACAAAUGCCUGGAUCUCUUGGAUAUGAAGAAAAUGAUGCUUAUUCAUUUGCUCAAUGGGGAAUUGAUUAUGUGAAGUAUGAUAAUUGUUAUACUGAUGGAACAACAGCAAGAGAAAGGUACCCUAUUAUGUCUAGAGCUUUAUUGGAUUCUGGAAGAUCAAUAUUUUUCUCAUUAUGUGAAUGGGGACAAGAAGAUGUACCAACUUGGGGUCAUCCUCUUGGAAAUAGCUGGAGAACCACAAGUGAUAUCAGAGAUUCUUUUGAUAGUGUUAUUGCUAAUGCUGAUUCAAAUGAUCAAUGGGCUGCAUAUGCUGGACCAGGAGGGUGGAAUGAUCCUGAUAUGUUAGAGGUUGGAAAUGGAAAUAUGACAACAGCAGAAUAUAGAUCCCAUUAUAGUAUUUGGGCUAUGGCAAAGGCUCCUCUUAUCAUCGGUUGUGAUAUCCGAUCAAUGACCAAAGAUACAAAAACAUUGUUGAGCAAUACAGAAGUUAUUGCAGUCAAUCAAGAUAAACUUGGUGUACAAGGUAGAAAGAUGGUACAAAAUGGAGAUUUAGAGGUUUGGGCUGGACCUAUAAGUCACAAAAGAUAUGUUGUUGUCUUGUGGAAUAGAGGAUCGAAAAAAGAUACAAUUACUGCAUAUUGGUCUGAUAUUGGUAUUCGACCAAAGACGACAGUACAAGCACGAGAUUUAUGGGAGCACACGACAACAGUUAUGAAGGAUUUUAUAAAAGCCGAAGUUGAUUCCCACGACGUGAAAAUGUAUGUUCUCACGCCUCAGAAGAAUUGA